AAACCCCAAGUAUGUACAACAAAAUAAAUGCAAAUUCUACUCAUCAGUCAAGGUAUACCUACAUUUAAAGAACAACUGCUGGAAAACACUACUUCCGUACUAUACGGGCAGAAUCCGAACACGACCACCGUGCCCGUCUACGCGCACGUCACUCAAUGCGGUCAUAAACAUUUCCACGUGUCGUAUUGGCUGUUUUUCCCGUUCAGCCAGGGCAAGCCUAUAUGCACACUGGACAUGGGCUUGCUCGGUCCGCUCCCGUUGCCAGUCUUCAACAACAGGUGUUUCGGCACCCUCAAAGAGUUCGGCAGCCAUGUCGGAGACUGGGAACACAUGAGUCUCAUGUUUAAUGGCUACGACGAACCGGAAGAAAUGUACGUGUCCGUGCACGAUGCUGGCGCGUUUUAUCGGGUUCGAUCGAAAUCGCGGAAGUUCGUUUUCAACCGACAAGAGGUGCGUAAAGGCUUCUUGCAAAAACCUAAGUUUCCCGAAGUGGUGCACCUUACAGACGAGGGCAAUCAUCCGGUGCUGUUUGCGGCCAAGGGAUCUCACGGCCUAUGGACUGCUCCAGGAAAACACAAAUACGUGCGUAUACCGCGAUUGUACGACGACAGUGGCUACGGAUUUCCAUGGAAAACUUGGCUAAAAGUCGAAGUGUUGAACUCGUCGAAAAAACUUCCCAUCUGGAUGCAGUAUUACGGCAAAUGGGGAAAUCAACGCAGUAAAUGUCAUCCACUCUCCAAAAUGGGCUUGCAGAUCUGUCAGUUUACCGACGGCCCGACGGGUAUACCAAUGAAACAGCAUGAUUUCCGUUGUCAUAACGCGACCAACUAACCAUGGUUUAUGUUGGUAUCCUACUGUUGGCUGUAAGAGGAAAUCGCCGGUCGGCUGCGAUGAAUAUCAACCAUGACCUAGACGACUUUCAAGCGACAGAACGUGUUUUAGGUCAAUGUGUAUCACCGCGGCAUUGUAUUGUUAUUGUUUUUUUUUUCAUUUUUAUUAUUACUAUUAUUUAACUACACUAUAAACGUGAUGGGUCUCAAUAGUUUUAAGAACCUCAAGAAAAUCGAUAUUGCAGUGUUGCGUACUAAUGUAUUAUGCAUUUAACGUAUAGGUAUAUUGAGUGAAAGUAGGACUGCCGGAUUCUCGGAUUUCCUAAGACAAUUUUGUUUCUUUUUACAUAUAAAUUAUCUAUUUGUAUACUAUUUUAUAGCGUGUAAAGGAUCGAUGUCUGUGUGAUGUAAAUAAAAUAAUGAACAUUUGUGACUA